AUGGGGUUCACAGGAGAAGCAAUUCUGUGGGAGCCUUUCAUCCAGAUGUGUGAGGGUUCCCAGCUGUCGGAAGGUGCCGAUUUGUGCGGGGGAGCGGCGCGCGCUCGGCAGAACCGAGGGGUCCGCACCGGCACCGGCACCGCCAUCGCCAUCGCCAUCGCCAUCGCCAUCGCCACCGCCACCGCCACCGCAGCGGUACUACCUCACUGGGAGGGACACGCAGAGCCGGUGAGUGCCCGCGGGACGCGCUCGGGGCCAGGGCUGGGGCCGCGGGGCUGGGGCUUGGCGGGCUCGCACGGCCGUGAGGGGAGGGCUCCGGCGGGGGUGGGGGCGGCCCGGGACCCCUCGGCCUGGGCCCCCCCCGCGCCUGUUGUUUGUUUCUUCAUCACCGGAUUAAGAUUCGCGGUCGUUCCCAUCUCCCAUUGGCUGCGCUGUGGUGACGUCGCCUCAUUUGCAUAUGACAUUGAGACGUCACAGCGCUCCCCCUUGUCCCGCCGCGACCCCGCCGGCCCGGGGGCGAUGGCGAGCGUGGCGCGUGGGACUCGCCCGCGGUGGUCACGCCGUCUCACCAGCCUCUUCUUCAGUGACAGCAACGUGCCAGAGGGCCUGGAGGAGCCCAAACCCUUUGUCGAGGAAGAAGAGGAGGAGGAUGGCUGGCUCAUAAUUGAUCUUGCAGGAAAAAAGCCCAUCGCUGCAGUAAACCGUGCUGGUGUCCCGACUCUGGUUCAGCUUGUCCCAGCAGCCCGGUUUCCAGGCCGAGCCGGGUCCCGGAGCGGGGGGUUCUGGCAGGGGCCCGCGUGUGGCGGUGCGGUGGCGGUGGGUGUCUCUCGCACUAACGAUGCCCCUUUCUCUCCCCCUCCCUCCCCACUGUACAUGGUAUGUGUGUGUGUCCCCGCUGCGCCCCGCAUGGCUCUGCACCCUGCCCCAGGCAGCCGUGCCCGCCCCGGCCCCGCCCGGCGCCCGGCUGCUGGCGGUACCGGGCGCUCGGCGCGACCCCGCCCGACGCCCCCCGGUCCGCCACCGCCACCGGCCGCUUCCCCGGCUCCGGCCGGUCCCUGCUUGAUGGACGAGAGUUGGUUUGUCACCCCUCCCCCCUGUUUUACUGCAGAGGAGCCGGGCCUCGACGGCGUGGGGAGCAGCCCCAUGGAGGACCUGCUCAUCGAGCACCCCAGCAUGUCUGUCUACGUCACCAGCACUCUCGAGGUGGAUGGGGAGGGCCCCGAGGACGAUGCUGCAGAGGCGGUGCCGGAGCCGCGGCCGGAGCUGCCGCUGGCGCACCACGGCCGAGUGCUGCCGGUGAAGGCGGCGGCGCUGGACAAGCUGGGCCAGGCGCAGCGGGCACAGCGGGCCAAGCAGCUGGCGGAGCGGCACCGCCUGGGCCAGAAGGCGCUGCAGCGGCAGAACCGGGCCCGGCAGCGCCCGUCCCGCCGAGCCAAGCAGCUCCCGGGGGCCUUCGUCCACCAGCCCUGCCAGCGCCACUGCAACUACUGACCUCGCUCCG